AUGGCGGAUCAAGCAAUUCAAGCUGCCAAAGCCGCCAGCGCCCCCGACGGAACAGGCGUCCUUCAACUCGAUCCGUGGCUAAAAGACCAUGCCGAUGUCCUGAAGCAUCGCUUCAGUGUCGUCAAGAAAUGGGCCGGUGACAUUGCCAGAAGUGAAGGCGGCCUGGAGAAGUUUAGCAAGGGUUAUGAAACAUUCGGUCUCAACACACAGCCAAAUGGCGAUAUCCUCUACAGAGAAUGGGCCCCCAAUGCCAAGGAGGCCUCGCUAGUUGGCGACUUCAACAACUGGGAUGCCAAUGCCAACCCCAUGACCAAGAACAACUUCGGUAUUUGGGAGGUCACCGUGCCAUCCAAAGCCGGGGUCCCCGCCAUUCCCCACCAGAGCAAGAUCAAAGUACGCUCCUCCAAUAUUUUCAAUCCAGACGUAAUUCUGACUAGGAUCGCCGUGCUAACCCCAUCCGCCAGAUCACACUGGUCCUCCCCCCACGGAGAACGCGUCUACCGAAUCCCAGCAUGGAUCAGGCGCGUCGUGCAAGAUCUCAGCGUCUCCCCAGUCUACGACGCCGUCUUCUGGAACCCGCCCGCCAACGAACGCUACAGUUUCCAACACCCCCGUCCCAAGAAGCCCGAGAGCCUGCGUAUCUACGAGGCUCACGUCGGUAUCUCAUCGCCCGAGACAAGAGUCGCCACAUACAAGGAGUUUACCAAGAACAUGCUCCCGCGCAUCAAGGGUCUCGGCUACAAUGCCAUUCAGCUGAUGGCUAUCAUGGAGCAUGCCUAUUAUGCCAGCUUCGGCUACCAAGUGAACAACUUCUUCGCGGCGAGCAGUCGCUACGGAUCCCCCGAGGAUCUCAAGGAGUUGAUUGACACAGCACACAAUCUGGGCCUCGUGGUCCUGCUCGAUGUGGUACACAGCCAUGCUUCCAAGAAUGUCGAUGAUGGAAUCAACAUGUUUGAUGGCUCGGACCAUCUUUACUUCCACGAGGGUGCCAAGGGCCGCCAUGACCAAUGGGAUAGUCGGUUGUUUAACUAUGGACAUCAUGAGGUGCUGCGCUUCCUACUGAGUAACCUUCGUUUCUGGAUGGAGGAGUACCAGUUCGAUGGAUUCCGCUUCGACGGUGUUACUAGCAUGCUCUACAGUCACCACGGAAUUGGAACUGGCUUCUCUGGCGGAUAUCACGAAUACUACGGCCCAGCUGUCGACGAGGAAGGUAUCACAUAUCUCACUCUUGCCAACGAGAUGCUGCACCAGCUCUACCCCGACUGCAUCACUGUCGCCGAGGAUGUCUCCGGCAUGCCUGCCCUCUGUCUACCCCACGCACUUGGUGGUGUCGGCUUCGACUACCGACUAGCCAUGGCCGUCCCAGACAUGUACAUCAAGCUUUUGAAAGAGAAAGAAGACAGCGAGUGGGACAUUGGUAACCUCGCUCACACCCUCACGAACCGCCGACACGGCGAGAAGACAAUCGCCUAUGCGGAAAGUCACGAUCAAGCCCUGGUCGGCGACAAGUCUCUAAUGAUGUGGCUCUGCGACAAAGAGAUGUACACCCACAUGUCCGUACUAACAGAGUUCACCCCAAUCAUCGAGCGCGGCAUGGCCCUCCACAAAAUGAUCCGACUCAUAACCCACGGCCUCGGCGGCGAGGGCUACCUAAACUUCGAAGGCAACGAAUUCGGACAUCCAGAAUGGCUCGACUUCCCACGCGAAGGAAACAACAAUUCAUUCUGGUACGCCCGCCGCCAACUUAACCUCACAACGGACGAACUCCUACGCUACCGAUUCCUCAACGAAUUCGACAGCGCGAUGCAGCACACCGAAGCCAAAUACGGCUGGUUGCAUUCCUCGCAGGCGUACAUCAGUCUGAAGAAUGAGAACGAUAAGGUGCUUGUCUUUGAGCGCGCGGGCCUGUUGUGGAUCUUCAAUUUCCACCCUACGGAGAGCUUCACGGAUUAUCGGGUCGGUGUUGAUGUCGCGGGCACGUAUCGCAUUGUUCUUGAUUCCGAUGAUGCCGCUUUUGGUGGGUUGGGUAGGAAUGUUAAGGAGACUCGCUUCUUUACGACUGAUUUGCCUUGGAAUGGGCGCAAUAAUUUUGUUCAGGUUUAUAUUCCUACGCGGACUGCUUUGGUUCUCGCAUUGGAACAUACACUUUAA